AUGAAGGCUCUCGGCCUCCUCACCGUGUUAGCAACCCUGCUAGCACGAUGCUGCGUGCAAGCCCAGGCUGUCUUUGCCCACUUCAUGGUGGGAAACACAGCCAAUUUCACCGUCACGGACUGGGAAACGAACAUGGCCCUGGCCAUCGAAGCCCAUAUCGAUGCCUUCGCGUUGAACAUGGCCUCUGGCUGGUACAAGAACCACGACGCUUUGGCCCUGGCCUUCCAGGCGGCCCAAAGUAAGAACUUCAAGCUGUUCUUCUCGUUUGACUACGCUGGCAACGGCCCCUGGUCGCUGGAGGAGGUCCGCGACUUGAUCCUCUCGUACGGCGGCUCUGUAGCCUACUACCAGUACAACAGCCUCCCGCUCGUGUCCACCUUUGAGGGCCCCGGCAAUGCAGAUGACUGGAUCACCAUCAAGCAACAGGCACCGUGCUUCUUCAUACCGGACUGGUCAUCACUCGGAGCGAGGCCGGCCCUCGCGGCUGGAGGCGGUGUCGCCGACGGCUUGUUCAGCUGGGCCGCUUGGCCAUACGGCAAAGACAACAUGACGACCUACGUUGACGCUUCCUAUAUUCAGGCACUGAACGGGAAGCCGUACAUGAUGCCCGUCUCGCCUUGGUUCUACACCAACCUGCCCGGGUAUGACAAGAACUGGGUAUGGAGAGGCGACAAUCUCUGGUAUGACCGUUGGCUGCAGGUGUGGCAUGUCAAGCCGGAGUUCGUCCAGAUCAUUUCGUGGAACGACUACGGAGAGUCGCACUACAUCGGGCCCCUGGACGACCGCCAAUACGAAGCCUUUGACAUCGGCAGGGCUCCUUACAACUAUGCCGAGAACAUGCCCCACGACGGGUGGCGCGUUCACUUGCCCUUCAUGAUUGACACAUACAAGAACCUCAACCCCUCGGUCGGAACCGAGAGCAUGGUGGCAUGGUUUCGCAAAAGUUAUCACGAGGCUUGCGGGGAUGGGAGAACCACAGGCAACACGGCGAGCCAGCUGCAGUUCGAGUACAAACCCUCCGAGGUUCUCGGGCUGGACCGCCUCUUCGUUGCCGCCCUCCUAGAGAAGGAGGACGGCACUGCUCGCGCCGUCCGAGUCACGGCGGUGGGUGGCGGCACGCCCAUAACGUGGUUUACAUGGGACUACACCCCUCCUGACGACGUCGGCAUCUGGCAGAUGAGCAUACCGUUCCAUGAGAGCUGGUUGGAUCGACCGCUCAAGAUUGAGCUCGUACGCUGGACCCCGGAGAAUUCGCCUCCCCAUAUUACAAUUCAGGUCGAUGGUCUCAGCAAUACUUGCCAAUUUGGCCUCACCAACUGGAACCCGAUCGCGGUGUCCGGCAUGUCCAACGAAGGGAGCAAGCAAGGGACAGCUGGGGCGCUGUCGACGUGGCGUUGCCGUGAGGGCUAUGCAAGAUCCAUCGAGGGACAUUUCAACGAGCUGUGCCAGUUUAGCUGCAAACUCGGCUAUUGUCCUCUAGGCGCGUGCGUUUGCACAUCCAUGGGCCUCAGCAAUGUGACGGAGAGCCCGAUCAUUGGCCAGCUGCAAGACGGGUACCCGGCCAACGGGGACGCCAACUACGCCGGCCUCUGCAGCUUCGCCUGCGGGAAAGGCUUCUGUCCGCCCCACGCGUGCUCGACGGCGCCUCAGCCGCAAUACAUUCCCGACAACUCGCCCUUCUCCAACAUUGCCUGCACCGCGGGACACUCGCACGACCAGUUCGCGGGGCUGUGCUCGUAUGCGUGCGCCUAUGGCUUCUGUCCCAUGCACGUCUGCGCCUGCCACAGGACGGGCUACCUGGUUGUCCCCCCAGCCCCUACCGGCCCGGCCGGCGUCAACACCAACGGCCAAGUCGACGACGCUGGCCUUUGCAAUUUUGCCUGCGCCCGGGGCUACUGUCCUGAGCCGUGCGCUUACGACGUCGAUGUCGUGUUCGAAAACGUGUUCCCCUGUACCGAAAUGGAAAAGGCCAUGAUCCGCGCCGAGUUCGCUUACGCAUAUGACAUGGCCGUGGCCGCGCGGGACAACGUCCAGUUGGGAGGCUUCUAUGAUCACUUCUUUGCGGCAGAAUUGCGGGACCGGUCCGGCUUUGCGAAUGACAUCAGCCGGGCAUUCGGGCGUAUGGCGCAGAUCUUGAGCGGCAACUAUGCCAACUACCGGGCCCAGGUUAGAUGCGAGCCCACAACGAACGGCUGCAAAAGAGGAUGGCUUGCCCACAUGAACAGCGAGGACAAGAGGAUGAACAUUUGCCCCGACUUCUUCAAGCCAGUCGUCAAGGGCAAAGAAUCCCCUUUCACCGGGACAGCCAUUGCCAACUGCGACAAGGCCGAUCUCCGUUACCUGCAGCGAUCCAAGGGCUCCAUCCUGCUCCACGAGGUCACUCAUACGUGGUAUGCCAUGGGCAGGGCCGAGCGUGCGCGCGGCACACUUGAUUACGCGUACGGGUACAACGGCUGCACCAAGCUGGCUCUCGGGACGUUUGAUCGGUCCUGCGUACCCUACGGCCGCAACUCGCCUCUUUGUCCCGAUAACGAGGGCAAGGAAAGUGUCUGCAAUGCAAGGAUGACGGAGAAUAACGCCGACACAUACUCUUUUGUCGGCACCGGCGUCUACUUCAGCAAGAGAUGUGGCCACCUCAUUCCCUUCCCAGAGUCCGAGGCCGUCGGCAGCACAUCCAAGACUACUUGCCCCAUCGCCGACUACAUCGUCUUUGACGGCGACGAGACUCAGACGGGCUCCGGUAUUGCGGGCUACGUCCACUUUGGCGACUCGUACGCCAGCGGCAUGGGGACCGGUACGACCACCUCAGACAGCUGCCGCAUCGGCUCGAGCAACUACGGCGACCUGCUCAACCGGUACCUCAACGAGUCGUCCAUUGCCUACAACGGCCCGUCGUCGUGCUCGGGCGACACGAUCAAGGAUCUCAUCAACCGCAUCCAGGCGUGGUCCAACCCCGCCGACACGACCUUGGCCACGCUGACCAUUGGCGGGAACGAUGUGGGAUUCGGGGAUUUGGUCUGGGACUGCGUCCUUACUCCAUUCAUUACCAGUCAGCCACAAGGCGCUGACACCUACAGGCAAAAGUGCGUCAAUAACGAACAGAGAGCCAUCGCCUACAUGGACGACAGGACCAUAGAUGGCCUCGCUGCAAAGUUGGCUGAUGUGUACCUCCGGAUCCUGAACAAGGGCUAUGAUGCCCGCGGCAGAGCCGAGCUCGACUUGUAUGUGGCAGGCUAUCCGGAAUUCUUCAACCCCGACACCAGCGACUGCGAACGCACCACCUUCUUCUACUGGUCGCCGGCGCACGACCCUUGGACCACAGCCCCGCGACUCACCAAGGAGCUGAGGACCGAGCUGAACGACCUCGUCCACAGGCUCAACACUGUCAUCCAGAACGCCGUGGAGGCUGCCAACGAUGCGUGGGGUGGAACCAAGGUUCACUAUGUCGACCUCACGCAACGCUUUCGCGCCUCCCCCGACCACCGGUGGUGCUCGUCCGACAGCGUGCACGAGCCCGACGAAGGACGACGGGACACGUGGUUCGGCGAGGCGGCCGAGCUGCAAGCCAUCAUCGACCGGGGCCACAUCCCGCUUCCCGACGAGACCGCCUGCGCCACGGCCGGUGCGGGUUCCGACCCCUGGCUCGUGUGGAUGUGCAGGGUGGCCGACGACAUCCGGGCCAACCCGGCCGGCAACAUGUCGGCCGUCUACGCGUCGGCGAACCAGGCCCUUUCCAACGGCGACGUCGGGGCUACCGACAUCGGGUGGUUCACCCCGACGCGACAGGCCAAGACGUUCCAUCCCCGCACUCCGGGCAUGUAUGCCUACAGGGACGCUGUCAUUGAGCAGAUGCAGGCCAUGGGCCAGAUAUAG